AUGCCUAGCACACUCCCUGUGGAGCCCAUGGAGGCAGACGACAUUGCCCGCGGGCUGGCCCCGGGACCACUGCGGCCUGGCCUGGUGCCAGUCAGCAUCAUCGGGGCUGAAGAUGAAGAUUUUGAGAAUGAGCUGGAGACGAAUGCAGAGGAGCAAAACAGCCAGUUCCAGAGUCUGGAGCAGGUGAAGCGGCGGCCUGCCCACCUCAUGGCCUUCUUGCAGCACGUUGCCCUGCAGUUUGAGCCGGGACCCCUGGUUUUGCGGGUGCCAGUCCCUCCCACUGUCGCCUUUGAACUUGACCGCACACGGCCCGACCUCCUCUCCGAGGACCUCCAGCGGCAGUUUGUGCAGGAGGUGGUGCAGAGCCAGCAGGCCACCGUCAGCCAGCUGCUGGAGGACUUCCGCUCCAAGAGGCUCAUGGGCAUGACACCCUGGGAACACGACCUGACCCAGCUGGAGGCCUGGGUGGGGCGGGACCGUGCCAGCUUUGAGGCCCGGGAGCGGCACCUGGCCGAGCGGCUGCUGACCCACCUGGAAGAGAUGCAACACACCAUCUCGACUGAUGAGGAAAAGAGUGCCGCUGUGGUCAACGCCAUCAGCCUGUACAUGCGCCACCUUGGGGUGCGGACCAAGAGCGGGGACAAGAAGUCAGGGAGGAAUUUCUUCCGAAAAAAGAUGAUAGGGAAUCGGCGGUCAGAUGAGCCAACCAAGACGAAGAAAGGCCUGAGCAUCUUCCUGGAUGCUGCCCGCUGGAAUCGGGGAGAGCCUCAGGCCCCAGAUUUCCGACACCUCAAAGUCGAGGCUGAUGCUGAGAAGCCAGGCCUUACAGAAAGGAAGGGAGGCCUGGGGGUGCCCUCCCGGGACCGGAACACUGGAGCUGCCGGGCAGGACAUCCCUGGAGUUUCUCUGCACCCUCUGUCUGGGGACAGCCCUGACCGGGAGCCAGGUGUUGAUGCCCCACCAGAGCUGGGGGACCCGCCCCCGCAGGGCCCGGCCAGCCUGGAGCCCGUGGUGCCCCCGGAGAACACGGAGGAGGGUGCUGAGACAGAGAGCCCUGAGCCUGGAGAUGAAGGGGACCCAGGUCGGUCUGGACUAGAGCUGGAACCAGAAGAGCCCCCUGGCUGGCGGGAGCUCGUCCCCCCAGGCACCCUGCACAGCCUGCCCAAGAGCCAGGUGAAGCGGCAGGAGGUUAUCAGCGAGCUGCUGGUGACCGAGGCGGCCCAUGUGCGCAUGCUCCGGGUGCUGCACGACCUCUUCUACCAGCCCAUGGCAGAAGGAGGCUUCUUCCCCCUGGAGGAGCUACAGUACAUCUUCCCCAGCCUGGACGAGCUCAUCGAGGUGCAUUCCCAGUUCCUCGAUCAACUGAUGAAGCGGAGGCAGGAUAGUGGCUACCUCAUUGAGGAGAUCGGAGAUGUACUGCUGGCCCGGUUUGAUGGUGCCGAAGGCUCCUGGUUCCAGAAAAUCUCCUCCCGCUUCUGCAGCCACCAGUCAUUUGCCUUAGAGCAGCUCAAAGCCAAACAGCGCAAGGAGCCUCGGUUCUGCGCCUUUGUGCAGGAGGCCGAGAGCCGCCCACGGUGCCGCCGCUUGCAGCUGAAGGACAUGAUCCCCACGGAGAUGCAGCGCCUGACCAAGUACCCCCUGCUCCUGCAGAGCAUCGGGCAGAAUACAGAAGAGCUGGCCGAACGGGAGAAAGUGGAGCGGGCGGCUGAGUGCUGCCGGGAAAUUCUGCACCACGUCAACCAAGCUGUACGCGACAUGGAGGACCUGCUGCGGCUCAAGGAUUAUCAGAAGCGCCUGGAUUUGUCCCACCUGCGGCAGAGCAGCGACCCCAUGCUGAACGAGUUCAAGAACCUAGAUAUCACCAGGAGGAAGCUGGUCCACGAGGGCCCGCUGACGUGGCGGGUGACGAAGGACAAGGCUGUAGAGGUCCACGUGCUCCUGCUGGACGACCUGCUGCUAUUGCUCCAGCGGCAGGACGAGCGGCUGCUGCUCAAGUCACACAGCCGGACGCUGACGCCCACCCCCGACGGCAAGACCAUGCUGCGGCCCGUGCUGCGGCUCACGUCCGCCAUGACCCGCGAGGUGGCCACCGAUCACAAAGCCUUCUAUGUCAUUUUUACCUGGGACCAAGAGGCUCAGAUCUACGAGCUGGUGGCCCAGACCGUGUCGGAACGGAAGAACUGGUGUGCCCUCAUCACGGAGACCGCUGGAUCCUUGAAGGUCCCUGCCCCUGCCUCUCGCCCCAAACCCCGGCCCAGCCCAAGCAGCACCCGGGAACCCCUGCUCAGCAGCUCGGACAAUGGCAACUGUGGUGGCCGAGAGAUGCCCCCAGCUGACGGCCGCAUGGAGAGAAUCUUCAGCACCCUCCUGCCCUACUGCAGACCUGGCCCUGAAGGCCAGCUGGCAGCCAAGGCCCUUGAGAAAGUGCUGUCCCUGAAGCAACUCCUGUUUCCCUCGGAGGAAGAUAGUGGGGCGGGGCCUCCCCGUGAAGGGGAUGGGGUCCCGGGGGGCGGCCCCCCGAGCCUGACACAGACCCAGACCCAGGAAAUUCAGGAGAAGCUGCUCAGCCUGGAGGAGACCAUUAAACAGCUGGAGGAGGUGGAAGAGGAAUUCUGUCGUGUACGACUCCUCCUGUCUCAGCUUGGGGAAAACCCUGUCCCCCAGCCUGGCUGUACCUGAGGCUUCCUGCCCCAGGCAGCCCCCAGGCCUUCCGCAAGACUGAGGGCCACCCGCCCCCACCGCACAGCUGCCGCAGCAUCUCCAACCCCAAGGGCCUGAGGAGAGGGAGCCAGGCGUGCCUGGGGGGCCCAGCUGGGAUCACUGCCUCCCCCCAACCUCCCAUUGGCCUUGGCCUUCUCUCCCUUCUGCUUGGGGGACUCAGGGCUUCAUUCCAGGGCAGACCCACAGUGACCUCCCAUUCCCCGGGCCAGCUCUGUAUUGCCUGGGCUUGGGCCACCCCUCCAUCCCCCCACCC